UAAAGCUGCACGUAAGCUGCUUUCAGCUUCAUUCAUAACGCAGGGACUCGCGCGAGCUGCUGCAAGCUCAAGGAAAGCGUCCUUUUUUUAGGCACACUUUUAUAUACGUUUGCAUUAUUGCUUCACCGUGAUCGAUCCUUCUCUAGGGAACAUAAAAAGGUAAAGGGUGAGCAUUUUUUUGGUAACAGCCCACCUUGCUGUACUGUACUUUACUGCAUUGCUCUUGCACAGUCAUGCGCUCCGAGUGCACGCGCCUCUGGGUCCCAUGUUCGUGGCGCUAAGAUCAGCGCAUCAGUUGCUCCGGUUUUCUCGCGCUGUCCUCAGUCCCUGCUGUCCCUGCUGUCCCUGUCUCCCCAUUCUAAACUCCUGGAGCUCUUACAUACCAGAAGAAAUCCCUGGAGAAGAUUACGCUGAAAUGGGUCGCAAAGAAGCCGACUAUGACUGGAAGAAGAGCACUGAUAACAUUCAAGAGGUGUUCGACUUCAUGGAAGUGCUCGGAUCGGGAGCAUUCUCUGAGGUGUUCAUGGUAAAGGAGAGGAAAACAGGAAAGUUCUUUGCCAUUAAGUGUGUGAAGAAAAAGAACAAAAGGGACAUCAACUUGGAGAAUGAGAUUGCCGUGUUAAGGAGGAUUAAACAUGAAAAUGUGGUGGCCUUGGAAGACCUGUACGAGGGUCGCACUCAUUACUACCUUGUCAUGGAGCUCGUCUCAGGUGGAGAGCUGUUUGAUCGGAUCCUGGACCGCGGAGUGUACUCAGAGAAGGAUGCCAGUUUAGUGAUAAGACAGGUACUCGACGGAGUGAACUACCUGCAUAAGAAUGGCAUAGUACACCGUGAUCUUAAGCCUGAGAAUUUGUUGUACUACAGUCCUGAUGAGAAGUCUAAGAUAAUGAUCAGUGACUUUGGACUUUCAAAAAUGGAGGACAAGGGCAUCAUGUCCACAGCUUGUGGCACCCCAGGCUAUGUUGCUCCAGAGGUGUUAGCUCAGAAGCCCUACAGUAAAGCAGUUGACUGCUGGUCUAUUGGAGUCAUUACCUACAUACUUCUCUGUGGAUACCCCCCCUUUUACGAGGAAUCUGAGACUCGCCUGUUUUCUAAGAUCAUGAAAGCCCAAUAUGAGUUCGACUCUCCCUUCUGGGAUGACAUCUCUGAAUCUGCAAAGGACUUCAUCCGCAACAUGAUGCAAAAGAAUCCUAAUUUGCGCUACACAACAGAGCAAGCUCUUAGACAUCCCUGGAUCAUUGGAAAGACUGCCCAAAGCCGCGAUAUCUACUAUUCUGUCAGUGUGCAGAUCCAGAAGAACUUUGCCAAGUCCAAGUGGAAGCAAGCUUUUAAUGCUACAGUGGCCAUCAACCAUAUGAAGAAGUUACAGCUUGCUCAUGGCGAAGCCUUGGUCAAACAGAGCAAGACACAGACACAAACUCAGUUGCCUGAUAUUAAAGUCAUUUCUCACCCUGAAGCAACAAACAACAACCCGGCUUAUGACAACCUAGAACCCAAUGGCAACCUACCUUGCAGUCAUAUCGCAUUGCCAUCUGUUUCCAUGGAAGCAAAGACUCAGUACCUACUGCCGAAAGGCAGCCACAGUGUUACGCUCACAGUUACUGAGAAGAACAAGCAUGUGUACCACUCAGAACCAGGAAACCUAAAUGGGUAUGACAAGACAGGCACCAAUAGCAGCAGGGAGAAACUUCAGACUGGUGUCUGCUGUGUCAUGUGACUGGCCAUUGCAGCAUUAUAAAUGGACCUUAAUAGAUUUGUGGCCUGUCUCUUGGCCACUGACAACUACGAGUUGACAUGUCUUGCUGCUUUGAGCUUUGGGAUAUGGAGUGAUUACAAGACAGCAAACCUGUUGCUUGUUGGCUUUACUCUGUAUACUUGAGUUGAGAAGAGCGCCUCCAUAUGAUCAUACCCACCCACAAAUGCACUGACAUGACUGUAUAUAUAAUACAUGGAAAAUGACAUGCGGUACCAUCUGCAGAACAGCAUGGCUAGUCACCUGGUUGUAUUAGAGCACGAAGAGCUUGUUCCUCAGGACUGAUGUGACAUUAGCUCUGUAUAUUAUAUCUUUCGAUCCAUUUUUUUCCAGAACUUGUGCUUCAUUUUAAAUUGAUAGUAUUGAAGAUAUGAUCUUUUUUUAUUAUUUAUUUCCUGUGAUUUGCUGUAAUAUUUAACUCUGAAUGGUUUCGGCUCCCCUCUGGCUUAUGCUUCAAAGAAAUACAAAAUUUAUUUGACUAGGUUUCUCAUUGCUGAGCCCAGAUAGGGAGGCUGUGGUUGGCAAGUAUAUAAUAUACAGUUAUAUAAUUAUCAGUUAUAUACUUUUUGUUAUAAAUAUUAUUAGUUAUAUUUUUUUCUUGCUUAAUCUACCGUAAAAACGCCAAAGUUUUAUUUUUAUAAUGAAUAUCUGAAUACUGUGUACAAGCAGAAUGUAUUUAUGUAUUUUGUUUUAUGAUAAACGAAAUAACUAUACCCACCACCAUUUAAGAAUGUCUUUCCUUUUUUUAUAUAAUGGUUUGCCAUUGUAAUACUCCAGAAAAGUAUUGGAAAUGUAUUACUCAAUUAUCAUGUUUAAGUUCAUAUUUAUUUUAUAAUAUAAAUAAUAAAUGAUAAAUAAUAAAUGUGUCCUAAUAUUUAAGGUCUGUGUUGACUUCUAUUAUUGUGCAAUGUUAAAUAUGUCAAUUUGAUUAAAA